CAAAUCUUCAUCCCCUGAAACAAACCUACAUCUUUCUGUUAGAAUUCUGCAAUUCAAGCAUCUCCAACUCCAAUGGCGACCAUCAGCUUGCGUAAGGGCAACACCAGGCUGCCACCAGAGGUCAACAGGGUUCUUUAUGUACGCAACUUACCUUUUAACAUCACCAGCGAGGAGAUGUACGAUAUAUUCGGGAAGUACGGCGCCAUACGCCAGAUACGUAUCGGCACCAACAAGGACACUCGCGGCACCGCCUUCGUCGUUUAUGAAGACAUCUACGACGCCAAGACCGCUGUUGAUCACUUGUCAGGUUUCAACGUUGCCAAUAGGUACCUGAUUGUGCUGUAUUAUCAACAGGCGAAGAUGAGUAAGAAGUUCGAUCAGAAGAAGAAAGAAGAGGAGCUUACAAAGUUGCAGGAGAAGUAUGGUGUUACUGCCAAAGAUCUCAAGUAAGCUCAUUUUAAUAUGGCUAUAGUAAUGAAGAAUAUCUACGGUUUGAUGCUUCCUGCUGAAAUUUAGGGUUUCUUGUAUGAAAUUUGUGUAAUUUUUUACAGGAAGGUUGUAAAAAUGCUGAAUUUGUUGAAUUUUAAAGCCAUACUUUCUUAAUGUUGAUAUCGUCCGUAGAAUAUUUAUAUAUGUUGCUUGUUCUAAUUCGAGUUAAUAAGCUAUUAACCUA